GUUGCUGCGUGACUAGCAAAAACUUAACAUUAAGUAGCCGAUAUCCCAGAGGGCGCUCAACAAGCAAGCCACACUCUAGACUAACCUAGCUGAAGGUGAAUCCAGGGAUCUGACCGUCCGCGCCACGCAUGCACCGCUGGAGCGCACGAAUCCAGUCGCACCGCCCUCCUGCCCGCCUGCUGCCGGGAGGAGCAGAGGAGAGAGCAGACCGGAGCGCGGCAUCAAGAGUCACGGUACCUUAGGGAUGUGGCAGCGAUUUCUACAGCUAGAAAUGCCCCAUGAAAUUCUAAAAGUUUGUCUCCUGUGAGAGCUGAAGGCAAAGGAGAGAAAAAAAAAGCAAAACGCGAGAGGAGGGGAAACAAAUCGCGCGGAGGUGCAGCAGCCUCUGCAGAAAUUUCCAGCGCUGCCUUCCCGCCUGCCAACGCUGUCGUUCGGGAUCGCGAAGCGCGACGGAGCCGGUGUCCGAGCCAAUCUAACCGUCGGAAGACAAGAGAGAAGCAAAGGGAGAGAAGUCCACUUCCUCACAUAUCCCCCACUGACACCUGCGUUUGGACCCCCGCAGUAUCUGCUGAUGUGGAGCUGACAUACUGCAGUGAGCCUGGGCAUAUGAAGCCUAAGAUCCCGCAGAUCUUAAUGGAAUGCAGCCAGAUAAAUUAUUAAUGUCAAGCCUGGAAGACCCCUGCCACUUUGAUGUGUGAGCACACCCACCAAUAAUGGCCCAUAGGAUACGUAGUGGAAAUACAGCUGAGGCAGACAUGUUCUCGUAUCCCGUCCAGGUCAACCUGCAGACUCUCUCCCACAAAGACGUCUGACUUUUACAAGAUCAUAGUGAGAGAGCGUGCAGCAUGAGGCUGUUGUGGAAAUCCCUGGACAAGAUGAGGUGUCUGAGGAAACGCUCCACUAUUCCCUUCCUCGGCUUCCUCAUCACCUUCCUCCUCUUCCUGAACCUCUACAUUGAAGAUGGCUACGUGCUGGAAGAGGAUAAAAGACAGCUUAGGGAAACAUCAGUCCAUCCUCCGAGCUCAGAACGAUACGUUCAUACCUUCAGAGACCUGAGUAAUUUCUCUGGAACCAUUAAUGUCACGUAUCGUUAUCUCGCUGGAACCCCACUGAACCGCAAGAAGUAUCUUACCAUCGGUUUGUCAUCAGUCAAAAGAAAAAGAGGUAACUACCUUCUGGAAACAAUCAAAUCCAUCUUCGAUCAGUCCAGUUACGAGGAACUGAAAGAGAUUGUGGUUGUGGUCCACCUGGCAGACUUUGACCUGGUCUGGUGUGAGAACCUGGUGCAGGAAAUCACCAGGAAGUUUGCUCACCACAUCAUAGCCGGACGCCUCCUGGUGAUUCAGGCUCCAGAGGAGUAUUACCCGUCUCUAGAUGGGUUGAAAAGGAACUACAACGACCCGGAGGACCGGGUCCGUUUCCGCUCUAAGCAGAAUGUGGACUACGCUUUCCUCCUCAACUUCUGCACGAACCUCUCUCACUUCUACAUGAUGUUAGAGGACGAUGUUCGCUGCUCCAGGAACUUCCUGACAGCCCUGAAGAAGGUGAUCACCUCCAGAGAAGGCUCCUACUGGGUGAUGCUGGAGUUCUCCAAGCUGGGCUACAUCGGGAAGCUGUACCACUCCAGAGAUCUGCCACGUCUGGCUCAUUUCCUCCUCAUGUUCUACCAGGAAAUGCCCUGCGACUGGCUCCUCAUCCACUUCAGGGGUCUGCUGGCCCAGAAGGACGUGAUCCGCUUCAAACCCUCGCUUUUCCAGCACAUGGGCUACUACUCCUCUUACAAAGGAGCAGAGAACAAACUGAAGGACGACGACUUUGAAGAAGACUCCAUAGACAUUCCUGACAACCCUCCUGCCAACCUUUACACAAACAUCAACGUCUUUGAAAACUAUGACGCUGCCAAGGCUUAUAGCACAGUGGACGAAUACUUUUGGGGGAAGCCUCCUUCCACUGGAGAUUUCUUUGUCAUAGUCUUUAACAAAUCAACCAAAAUUAGUAAAAUUAAGAUUGCUACUGGUUCUGACGACCGGCAGAAUGACAUUCUUCACCACGGAGCUCUAGAAGUAGGAGAGAAACUAGUUGGGACUAAAAAAGGAAAACAGUGUUCGUCCUAUAUCACAUUAGGGGAGUUUAAAAAUGGCAACAUUGAGGUUCAAGAUGUAGACCACAAGAUUGCCUUUGACAUUGAGUGUGUACGCAUUGUGGUGACAGCCAGUCAGAAAGAAUGGCUUAUCAUUAGAAGUAUAAGUUUAUGGACUACACAACCUCCCAGCCAAUGAGGACUAUACACAAAGACUCUUAGUAUGUCAUAGGGGCAAAGGUUUUUAUUAUUAUUAUUAUUUAUUAAUGUAUGUAUUUCCAGGUUUAUUUAUUCAUUUUGUAUGUAUUUAUUGAUACUCAUUUUGAUUGCCAAAUCAAUCUAUAGUUUUUUAUACCUGCAAGUUGUAACCUUAGUGGAGCAUCUUCCCAGUCAUUCUUAAGGACUGUUCAACUAACCUCAGAGUACUCAUAAGCAUAUGUUUUCCUAGUUUUUCCAGACACUUUUAUUUACUUCAGUUUUUAAUAGCUAUCCUUAACAUAGGGCUGGGUGAUUCAACUUUAAGUGAAUCUGUAUUAUUAUGAUUACAUUAUUAUGUUAUUGUGUGACAACAUUUUUCUGCCCAGGAUAGGGCUUACAAUAUUCUCCUUUUUUCCUGUCAGCAAAUGCUAUGAAAAGACCAAAUCCAACAACAAAUUUAUCUUACUAACAUGUAUUGUCACAGGGUAUUUGUUCCUUCAUUACCAUGAACACACACACACACACACGCACUGUAGAUUAUUUUGAGUCAAUCCCACAUACACCAUACUGCUAAAACAAAUAUUAACUAGAACACCAAAUGUGUAUUAAUCUGCUGUUGAAAACAGUCUGCCACAAAUGCAUGUUUUACUCCAGUUUUAGUAAUGCUUGCUAAAAGUUGCCCAGCUGUUGCAGCAAAUUGCUUAUCAUCAAAAAAGGAAAAGAAAAUAAUAUAUUUGUGAAGAUUCAUGACUUCACUAUUAAUGAAUGGGCUUGGGGCUGAGUGUCACAGAGAGUGAGGAGAAUAUUGAGAAAGGGACUAACACAUUUAGGUUUUGGUCCUUUCAUGGGCUUUGUUGACAGUAACAAAUACACAGAGUGACGCCAGCAUUAGCCUUUAAUGGUUCCAAGCAACAUAAACUGAAAACUAAGAAGUUACUGGAGGGUUUGUUUUAUAUUUAGUCCAGUGUCAAGCAUAACAGUAAAGAAUAAGUCAUUAAACAUAGUGUCGCACAUCAAGUUCAUUUUAUACACGACUUUGCCUACAUUUGUUGAAUCGUGAUAUAUCAGUAUCAACACAACCGUGUUGGAAAAUGGUUCUUAUUUGAUAUCAUGAUAUUCAUUUCAACUACAUCACCCAGCCCUAACUUGACAACAUAUUAUACAUAUAAGUCAUCAGUGGGUGAUGCAAUUAACUAUCAUUUAUGAAUGUUUUUGAAGGCUCUUCAGAAAGGUGCUGCAAGUGAGGAAUGAAGACAAAUCUCACUUAGGGAACAGCAUUUAUUACAGCUUUGUUAAUUUCAUUACAACUGACCGCUGUUGCUUUUCUAAAUAUUUUUGAACCAUUAAUUAUUGAUAAAUGAGGGGAAAGGAUAGCUGUAACUAGAUAUUUUGGGCUCAGGAUCUCCGUAAACCACCAUCCAAUUAAAGCUAUUGUGUCUUUAGCAAUUUUUCAUGACUGAUAUUAGGCCUGCAAAAGUGUAGCCCUGGGAUUUCUCACUGAGAAUGUCCCCAUUUGGCCCUUAAUUAUUUUCCUCCUUGAAAACCCACCAAGAAAGUAUCAGAGGUCAUUGUUGCCUUGAAUAUUCAUCAAGUCACACCCACCUUUUUCUGUUUCAAAUUUUCCUUCCUGGUGUAAUUAUCUUCUCCGUUGUGGUUGAGGUGGGCGUGCGAGUGGGUUGAGCUCUUUUACUAGCACUGUAUGUUCUGUCCUGGCUGCUGACAGGAGAACAAUGUUUGUUUUCACCCAUCUUCUCCAAGAGCUGAGAUUAGAUUGCACAGUGAAGAAUGGGCCAGGUCUGCUCUUAGGUCUCUUUUUUUUCCACCACAGCACAAUUUUCCCGUAGUAAAUUGGUCUGUGUUUGCCUCACUCUCUACACCAGCAAAACAACAUCUCCCCUGGAGCUAUAGGAUCUCAAUUCGUUCUUUCCCCAAUGUUUCUGCUCCUACAUGGUUGCCUCUCUGUGAUCCUUGCUCUCGGUUCAUACAGUCUGCUGCUGCUGCUUUGGGGAAACUUGCUUGGCUUUCCUUUGAAGAUGCUUUUCAAAUUCCCCACCUUUCUCUAUGUUGUUAAACAGCAACAUUUGCAAGAAUUAACGCUGCACAUGUUAACUCAUCAUCACCGUGAUGCUCAGAGCAAUUCAGAGCCGUGCUUUAAAAAUAGCCUUGUCAUUUUCCAUGUUCGUGUAAUUAUAAUCUGUCAGUGAGCAGCGACAGAUUUGUUUCUUCAUUCAAAUGGCGUCAAGAAAUCACUCGACAAUGCAAUAAAGAGGUAAAUGUUUACAUAACACUGACGUUCUUUAGGAACGAGGUGGAAAGCGAUCGUCAUUAAGCAUGCUGCGACAGUUUUGUAACGCCUCGCUCUGCUGUUGCGAUAGCCACCUGUUCCAUGUUUUCCCUCAAGGUCUUGUUCAGUGUCACAGAUCGAGACCUUUCGCAGAUUGGCUUGUACCACCAACUCGAAAUCCUUCCUCGGCAAAUCCCCCUUGUGCUAUCUGAAAUGAAAUUAGAAUGCCCACCACCUCACAAUAUGGCUUAUUGUUUUUCCCCAGCAUUUCCCUUGGAAUGUUGCUAUUCAUUUUGGUGAAUGAUUCUGUGACCUGCAUGUAUCAGCUCCUUGGAGGGGAUCUUGCUUGAAUGGAUGAUGCUCAGAAACACAAUCUGCAUUGUGCUGCGUGUGUGGUAUUCUUUAUGACGCACACCAUGGUGCCAAUUCAGCCUAGUAUUACCUGCUUAUGAGCUAUAAACACAUGAUGUCACCGCAGGGCAGUUAGCUGUUUUACAAGUGUAAUGGAUGGCUUUGAUACGCCUCGUGCCCAAGUAGAGCAACUGUGCUGUGAGGCUGAUAUUUCUGGAGGAGAAAUUGCUGUCUGAUCUUUAUUUGAAAUAAGAUGCCAGCCAGAACCAGCUGCACGCUGCAGAUUUAUGGACAGAUUUACAUCUUGGGGAUAACAACAAAAGCUGCAUAAAUUCUUUGCCAUUGGCAGCACGUUUGGAAACCACAGUCCAUGCUAGAGCCUCGGGUGAACAGUGUGCGCAGGAUCAGUUAUACAUUUCACUUAAUACUUAACUUUCCUCCUGCUGAGUGCUUACAGAUAGUAAAUGGCCAUCUUCACUGACCGUUUGUCAAGAAUUAAACUCUAACUGCAUCGUCAGAACUUUGUGAGAAAAAGGGCAGGGAUUUGUUGAUCACUUGAAGGCUGGUAACUGUCUAAGUUUGUUAAAAUUAUAUUGGCUGUGAGGGUUCAAUCCCUUAAGUUAAGUGAUAAAUGUGAAUAUGAUCUGUGGAUCCUGAGUUAUUUGAAAUGUGAGCUGUCUUCCAGUGGAGCAUGUACAAAGUGCAUGAACAAAAGCAUUUUCAAUGGAUAAAACAACUCCUUUUGUACAUCAGGAUCUAUGAGUUAUUGUUCUGCUUCUGCUAAUGAAAUUGUACUGGGUUUGUACGUAGAAGCCUACCGAUACUACCUUACUACAGGUUCGGAGUUCACAUGUGCUGUAUAUUGUUAAGUGGAGCGAGUGUGUUAAGAUGUUGUUUCUGUGUCUGUUUUACUUUCCAUCGUUCUCUAAAUGGUACUGUAUUGUAAGAUGACAUAUAUUUUUUUACACGUAUCAUUUCAAAUGUUGUAUUGUAUAUAUUGUACUUAUAAUGAAAUUAGAUUAAACGAAUGAAUGCCAA